AUGCCUCCUAAGAGAAUUUUAACACAGGAAGAUGCAGAAAACGUUAAACACAGAAGAAAAGAAACUCAACGUAUACGACGGACACAUAUGACUGAACAACAAAGGGUAACUCUACGUAACAAGGAUUCUGCAAACAAACGGAUUUGUAGGGCCAAUACGACUGCUCAGGAAAAAGCUCUCAAACUGGACAUUGAAAGAUCACGUUCUGCUGCCCGUAGAAAAAAAAAUACAGAUAGUACUAACAUCACUAACACUAAUCAAUAUAACACAAGUUAUAACCAUUCACUAUUUAAUGAAGACAAUGUCCAGAUGCACACAUGUGGUCAACUUAAUGUUUUUUGCAAAUUUUGCAUGGCGAAGCAUUUUCAAGAGGAACAACCAAGCGAUAAGCUUUUUAAUAAAUGCUGCAAUAAAGGAAAAAUAACAUUACCUCAUAUACAAAUUUCACCACUGAUCCAACAACUAAUGACUGGACAUCACACACAUUCAAAGAAUUUUAUGCAAAAUAUCCGUUCUAUAAAUAGUGCAUUGGCAUUUGCAUCAAUGGGAGCAAACAUUGCACCACCUCCAAGAUAUGGCCCAUACUGUUUUAGAAUAAAUGGACAAAUUUAUCACCGAUCUGGUGCUUUGCAUCCAGAAAAUGAUGAUCAACGCAAAUUUGCACAACUCUACAUUUUGAGUCCUGAGGAAGCUGCGGACCAACGAGCUGCACUAAAAGAAAAUUCAGGAUGUCACAUUGAACUUUUGAGGGAGUUAAGUUCAUAUAUGUCUCAGUAUAACCCUUUCGCAAAAGCAUGUAAAAUGCUCUAUGAGGACAGAACAUUAGAUUACCGAAGAUAUAACGUACAAAGAGUUAAUGAGGUUGCUGUUAUUUUCCAAAAUUCUGAUGGUGAACCUCCUCUUGAACGUGACCUUCUUAUUCAUUGCCGAUCUACAGAUCAAACAAAAAAAACUGAAAGAAUAAGUGUCUUAGAUCCUAAUCUUGAACCAUUGCUGUAUCCUUUGUUGUUUCCAUAUGGGGACCAAAGUUGGGGUUCCAACAUUGCUCUUAACUACAGGCCAACAUCAAUUAGUGAUGUACAAAGAAGAGUAACCACCAAUCCAAGGAUAAGAGUUAGCCAAAUGAAAUACUACUCUUACAGAAUUUCAAUUAGGGAUCAAUUCAAUCCUUUCCUUAGUGCUGGCAAGUUGACGCAGCAGUACUUUGUUGAUGCUUAUGUCAAGACUGAGGCCAACAGACUCAACUAUAUCCGUCAAAAUCAAUCUAACCUUCGCAUUGAAAAAUAUACAGGAUUAAUGGAUUACAUUCAAAGUGAGGCUGCUGCACAGGGCCUGAUGCCUGGAAAAGCAGUUAUUUUGCCAUCAUCUUUUCAGGGAAGUCCACGAAAUAUGGCCCAAAACUACCAUGAUGCUAUGGCCAUUGUUAGAAAAUAUGGAAAACCGGAUUACUUCAUCACCAUGACCUGCAACCCUAAAUGGCCUGAGAUACUUGAUAACCUAUUAGAAGGUCAAGCAGUGGAGUUCAGACCAGAUUUGGUAGCAAGAGUUUUCAAUCUCAAAUUAAAUUCUCUUUUGAAUGAUAUCUUGAACAAACAUGUUCUUGGAAGUCCUUGCGCAAAAGUGCAUGUAAUAGAGUUUCAAAAAAGAGGAUUACCACAUGCUCAUAUCCUUUUAAUAUUGAAAGCCGAAGACAAGCCAAAUGAUGCUGAAACCAUUGACACUUUUAUAUCAGCUGAAAUUCCUGAUGAACAUAUUUAUCCAAGACUACAUGCUAUUGUAAUAAAGCAUAUGAUACACGGUCCAUGUGGAGAACAUAAUUUAAAUUCUCCAUGCAUGGUUGAUGGUAAUUGCAACAAGAAUUUUCCUAAAAAUUUUCAAGAAGAAACUUUAAUUAAUGUUGAUGGAUAUCCGCGAUAUCGGAGACGAAAAAAUGAGACCACUGUAAUUGUCAAAGGGAAAAAAAUUGACAACUCAUGGGUAGUUCCAUAUAGCCCAUACUUCUGCUUGAAAUACAACUGCCAUAUAAAUGUAGAGUUGUGUUCUGUUAAAAGUGUUAAAUAUCUCUUCAAAUAUGUAUAUAAAGGUUACGAUUGUGCAAAUAUUUCCAUUAAGGAACAUAAUACACUACAGCAUGAUGAAAUUCAAAAUUUUUUGGACACAAGAUAUGUCAGUGUUCCUGAAGCUGUUUGGAGGUUGUAUGGUUUUUUGAUGCACCAUCAAACACAUACAAUAAUAAGACUUCAAGUUCAUCUUCCAGGCGAACAAGAUGUAUAUUUCCAUAAUGAAAACGUACAAUUAGCUGCAGAAAAGGCACAAGACAGGGAUACCACUUUGACAGCAUACUUUAAGUUGAAUGUUGAUAAUCAUGCUGCACGUGAAUUUUUUUACUCUGACAUUCCUCAACAUUUUGUAUUUGAUGUAAAAACCCGUAAGUGGAAUCCAAGACAAAGAGGAGCAGAUACAACAAUUGGCAGAUUGUAUAAUGUAAAUAUUUCAUCAGAUUUGGAGAGAUUUUGUUUGAGGUUACUGCUCUUGCACUUAAAAGGAGCAAUAUCCUUUAAGGACUUACGAACUGUUAAUGGACAAGUUUGUCACACAUUCAAAGAAGCUGCCCAAAAGCUUUCACUUUUAUAUGACGACGCUACAUGGGAUCUUACACUUAACGAAUCAGCAUCUGAACAAAUGCCUAAACAAAUGAGGGAACUGUUUGCUUAUUUGUGUAUCUUUGUUGUCCCACCUAAUGUCCCACAACUCUUUGAAAAAUACAAACAUGAUCUUUAUGAAGAUUAUUCACGUCAUGAAGACCACAUCGAUGAUUGCAAAAGUUGCAAAAAUUUUGCAUUAACAGAUAUUCAAAAUGUUCUCAUAUUGCAUGGUAAACGUUGUGAAGAUUUUGGACUACCCAAUCCAUCAAACUUCAUUCCAGAAAUGCAAUUCAACUAUGUUACACAGUUGGAAGCCCAAGUUGGAGCACAACUUCAAGAAGCAUUAAACAUCGAGCAAAAAGCUGCAUUUGACAAUGUAAUGUCUGCAAUUGAUAAUGAAAAUUUACCACACAGAUGUUUUUUUAUUGAUGGACCUGGUGGAAGUGGCAAGACUUAUUUAUAUAAAACAUUAUUGAGUACUUUACGUGGACGCACAGAUGGAGUUCUUCCUGUUGCCUCUACAGGAAUAGCAGCUAAUCUCCUUGAUGGUGGCAGAACUUACCAUUCACAGUUUAAGCUUCCAAUUCCAUUACUGGAAACAUCAACAUCAAAUAUGAGAAUGACUUCAAAAGAUGCUGAGUUCAUACGUAAUGCCCAAUUGCUUAUUUGGGAUGAGGCCUCAAUGACACCCGGUAUAGCUCUAAAAUAUGUAAAUAAGCUCCUUCAGGAAAUUAUGCAGAACAAGAAGCCCUUUGGUGGAAAAGUUAUACUCCUUGGUGGGGACUUCCGACAAACACUCCCAGUUCUUCCUCAUUGCAAUAGAACUGCUAUUGUGGAAGCUACUAUAAAGUUCUAUGAUCACUGGGAUAAAUUCAAAAUUUUAAAAUUGAAGAAUAAUGUGCGUUCAGUGGAUCCAGAAUUUAGCAAUUGGCUACUAAAAUUAGGACAGGGUUCAUUAAAUAAUUCAGAGGGCCUUCCUGAGGAUUUAGUUGAGAUCCCUUCCAAAUUAAUAUGCCAUGAUUGUAUCAUAUCUGAAAUUUUUGGAAAAAGACUUCUUCCAUCUGAUCUUCACAGUUUUUCAAAAAAGGCCAUUUUGUGUACAAAAAAUUGUCAUGUUGAUCAAAUCAAUGAGCAUGUAUUAAAUAUACUCGAUGGUGAUGAAAAAAUAUAUCUAAGUUCAGAUUCAAUUGACGAUCAGACAGAUGAAGAUGCACAAAACUAUCCCAUAGAGUUUCUAAACGAAUUAGCUCCAUCAGGAAUGCCUCUUCAUAAGUUAAAAAUAAAAUUGGGAAGUAUUAUUAUGUUGCUCAGAAAUCUGAACACAAAAAGAGGUCUGUGCAAUGGAACAAGAUUGAUAGUUAAAGAUCUUAAGCCCAAUCUAUUAAUUGCAGAAGUACUCACAGGAACAGCUCAAAAACAAAUGGUGUUUAUUCCAAGAAUAGAUUUAGCCCCUGCCAACACUGAACUACCAUUCAUUUUACGAAGGAGACAGUUUCCAAUCAAACUUGCAUUUGCAAUGACCAUCAACAAAUCACAAGGUCAAACGUUAGACAAAGUUGGAAUAUUCCUUCCAGAACCAGUAUUCAGUCAUGGACAACUUUAUGUUGCAAUGUCUCGAGUUCGUACAUCAUCUGAUGUCAAAAUUAAGAUACUUCAAAGUUCAAAGCAAGGAAAGAUAUUACCAAACAGGCUGGAAGAGGACAUCUGA